AUGACAUUUGAACUCUGUGAUUGUAAAAUCAGCUGCAAACCGGAAGAUGCAAAAGAUGAUGCGGAGUUGGGUUUUUAUGCUCGAUGGAAAAAUCGCAAUCGCGUUCGACCCGGCAAAUUUGAUGUCAUUGAGGCACGAAUGGCUGUUGGUAGUUCGUUUGUUGAACAUCAUCUAACCAUAGAACAGUUAUGUGACGUCUAUCCUGAUUCUUACAUUCAGCAUGAAUAUCCUGAACAAAGUGAUGGAUUACAUUCUGAAGAAGCGAGAAAUCGACUAAGAGAUGGGGGAGCCAAUGUAAUUGAUCCUCCCAAAGAGCCUAGUGUAAUUAAUAUGUUUCUACAACAAUUCCAUUAUAAAUUCUGGUUACUGUUAACAGGUGCUGCUUUCCUCUCCAUUGCCACAUAUUGUGUUCAUAGAGUUCAUGGAUAUAAUGAACCACUUAAUCUUUAUUGCGCUUUCAUUUUAAUGAUUGUUGUUGUGUUCAUGUGUUGUCUGUCAUAUUGGCAGGAGCGGAAAGCGAAGAAGGUUAUUCAAAACUUCACUAAGCUUCUGCCAUCAAAAGCUGUUGUCAUACGAGAUUGUGAAGAGAAAGAAGUUGAUAUUGAAACACUCGUUGUUGGAGAUCUAGUCGUCAUACGCUCUGGCUCCAGGAUACCUGCUGACUUGAGAAUAUUACAUACUAAUUGUCUAACAAUUGAAGUUGGUGAGGUAACAGGUUCUAAUGAACUAGUCGAGUGCACAGCUGAAGCUGCAGCUUCUUAUGUCUCAGUUUUUGAUGCUAAGAAUGUUGCGUUUAAAGGAUCUCAUUGUACAGAAGGAGAUGGAAUCGGAAUCGUUAUCAGGACUGGAAAGUUUACUGUACUUGGGGGAAUUGCCAAUAUACAUCAUGACAUUCCUCCGCCAACGGGAAAAUUGCAAAGAGAGCUUCGAACUUUUGCUAAUUUUAUCACCAUCUUGGCUAUAAGUAUGGCUGCUGGCAUUUUCCUUAUUGGUUGUAUUGUUGCUAGAUUUGAAAACAUUCUUGAUCAUUUUGUUGUUGGAUUUCUGGUCAUAAUUGUUGCCAAUGUGCCACAAGGUCUUCCUGCAACUGUUAUGUCGCAGCUCAGAAUAAUAGCUAGGCGGAUGGCACAAAAAAAUAUUUUGAUCAAAAAGCUCGAACUUAUAGACGAGUUAGGAGCCGCCACUGUAAUUUGUGCAGACAAAUCUGGAACGUUGACGAUGAAUCAAAUGGUUGUGAGCGAUUUGUGGUUCAACAACAGGAUGGUCAGUGGUUCUAGCGUCGAUUUGAAACAUCCGCAUCUUCGAGCAAUGAGGAACUCAGUCGCAAAAGGGAAUGAACGCUUUGAAGAUCCACUUCCGGAUAUUUUAACAGUUAUGUCGGUUUGUAACAGAGCUCAGUUCGAAAAUGUUAGACGAAGCGCGCGGAGAGUCUCAACGAUGCGAGCGCUUCAAAAGAGUGUUAGUGAAGCUAUGCUCAGUGGGCCUUUAAAAAAAAAGUUUACCGUAGUGGAUACCCGAACAGGGCAAGUUUCUGAACCUAGACGGGUUACUCUUAACUCGGAUGCUGCUUCUAUCAGCUCAAAUAUGGAAGAAGAAGUGAUGAGGAAAAAGUCAACACAGAUGUCUGAGGGUUUGCCGAAACAAGCAUGUCAUAAGAAGAAUGAGAUUUUUGGCGUACCUAGUGAUGUCGCUCUAGUCAAAUAUGUAGAAAGAAAUGCCUCAGUUGAAGCGAUCCGACAGAGAUAUCAUACAGUUUUCGAGAUUCCCUUUAACUCUAUCAGAAGAUGGCAACUAGUUGUAGCCAGAUGCUUAGCUGAGCCUCACAGUGAGAAAGAUCUGCCGCCUUUGGAAAAAGAUGAAUGUCGCUAUGUAGUUAUGAUCAAAGGAGCUCCAGAAGUUAUCUUCAAUCGAUGUGAUCGAUAUCGAGCCAAUAGUGUUGUUAAGGAAAUCGAUGGAGACUUCAAACAAGAGUGUCAGGUUGCUUGGGAAUCCUUAGGAAAUCAAGGUCGCCGUGUGAUUGCGUUUGCUCAGUGUUUCUUCAAAGGAAAAAUUAAUAUGAAAUUCGGAAAUGAUGGGGGUUGGCCAGAAAAAUUUGUUUUUCUUGGUAUGGCAGCUAUAAUGGAUCCUCCGAGACCGGAAACAUUUGAUGCUAUUCAACAAUGUAAACAAGCCGGUAUCAAAGUGUUUAUGAUCACUGGUGAUCAUCCUACAACUGCACAUGCACUAGCUACUCAGAUUGGUUUAAUUGGACAAGAACCGAAGGUACAGAAUUUUUUAUUCAAAAAAUAA